CGUGCAGUGAAGUUUGCUUUGCAAGGUGCAGAUCUGCCUCUUCAGCCCGAGUUACAUGAAAGCAGCGCUUAAAAAGCCCAGAGCGAAACGGCCCACAAGGAAAGAUCGGCCAAUUCCUUUACGGACACGUAAAGGGCUCCUACUCUGAAUUUGCUCUUUUUAACAGGGUUUGGGCCCAUGUUUCAAAAUGUCAGGCACCGUGAGCAGGAGUCAGUGGUUUGCUUCAGGCAGCGUUUAGACAGAAAGGGAGUUCUCUGUAAACAGUAGCUAGGCUGUCACAUGUGUUAUAAAAAGUAUAUGGACCUCAGCUUAUCAAGAGUAAAUGUCCUAUUCCUUGCAGCACUUGAGGGACAGGAGAUUUAAAAAUGAAGCUUGUAUUUUCUGUCCAAGAAAGGCCAGAAAAUACCUUACGAGCCUCAUCUGAAGCCCAAAUCCAGUUAAUUGGAUGAUUUUACUAUAUGUUGGCAUGCAAAUAACAGCAAGUUAGUAAAACAGUACAGAAAUGUAGUUUAAAAAAAAAAAAAGUGAAAUCCCGUCUUAGCAAAGGUUAAAAGGGUGGAUUGAAAAGUUGUGAAGCUUUAAUGAUGGAAAUUGUUAUGAAUUAUGAAAUAAGUAAUACAGUGAAAAGUACUUCACUGCUGUGAUUAAGGAUGUCUCGAGAGAUUCACAAGGCCUGGGCGCCUUGCCAAUCAUCUGAAUGUAGAAAACCAAAGUACAGUACAGUUGUUUAGCACCUUCCACCACGCCGUUGCUCAUGCACCCUCCCCGCUCGCUCCCCUGCCUCUGUGCUGUCCUCUCCCAUCGACCGGCAGCUCAGCAAUCCUUGCUCAUCUGUAUCGGCCAACUAACACGUAGGUGUCCUCCAGCGACGGCUGCAAGUCGCUAAAUCCGGGCUGCUUCAGGCAGCGAAGAUGCAUUGCUGAGCGUGGUGGCUGCGAGGAACGCGAGACUUGUCCCACAGACCGAAGGUCCGCUCAGCGCCGUGUCCUACUUCCCAGGGCGGCCAGAUGCAGACACCUGGGGAGAAGAACAUCUGCCUCAUGGCUCGUUCUUUGAUAGCCUUGCAGCUUUCAGGAAUCUGCCUUCUGGCCACUGCUGCACCCGCGUCCUCUAACUGCAGCUGCUGGUCUGAUUUAUCGAUGGAAAUUUGAAAUGGAGAUAAUCUUAGUCAUCUGCUGCAGUUGCGUCUCUUGGCCUUCUGUCUUCACCUCUUCUCGGCACUGAAACCCACACGUCUUCUUUCCUCCACGUAACUGGACUUUACCGAACCCUAUUUCAAAUGCUCAACUACUUCAUGAGUUUGAUCAUAACCUUCCCCAGAUCUGUGAUGACAGGCAAUGGUUUAGUCCAAACGGCAAUAAGGAGGCCGGUUUAAUCUUACAGGGAGCCCGCUGAAGUUAUCUGAGUCGCAGUCCGGAUCGAUUUCACACCUUCUUUGCUUUGCGUGCCUCAAACAGCGAAGCUUGCCUUUCAGCAGUAACAACCAAAACAUACAGGCGCUGUGUCCGCACGUGCACAAACAUAUAAGGAAAAAUGAGACUUGCAUUUCAAGGCUUUUAAGUUGUUCCGUGUUGUUCUAUGCAAAUACGUUGGGAUUUUGUCAUAGCCGAAGUCAAGGUCGUGGAGCCUAUGAAAAUCAGCCGUUGAGAAAGUGAGAUGUGCCUGCUUAAAUGAUUAUGAACCAUUAAAACGUGACAUUUUAAAUCUCCCAUGUCCCAUCUUGACGCUAUGCAGCGGUUUUGUUUCAUUCCCCGGGCAUGGUUGGCGGAAAGCAGCGCCUUGCUUGGGCUGCUCGUGAACCGUUACUUUUGUGAUAUGCUCAGUUCUGGAAAAAAGAUGAGCGUGACAUCUAUCACCCGGCAUUUCGCUAUGUCCAGCGGUCUCUUGACUGAAUCGUAUCUUCCAAGGCUGCCCGUAUGAAUGCCACCUGGUGUCUCUAACGAGAUGACAAGCUGCAACCGAACGUUCACACACACACAGUUUCUAAAAUAAAUAAGAAGUUUGAAGGGUUUUUUUAACUACUUUUCGUUUUUCCUGCUAACGCAAACAUGUGAAUUGCCAUCAGAAACUAAGGCGUGGAAAAGAAACAUUUACAGCUUUGAAAAUUCAGGGGUCAUAAAAUGAAAUAUUUUCACGUUUAGUUCCAACUAAGUUUAACGACGCGCGCGAACAGCAAAUGUUGGCGCCCCACAGGCGAGUACGAUUGCGUUUCCCUUCGCCGCCGGGGCACCUGCGUGUUUCGUGUGACCAGCUGAGGCAAAACAUUUGGCUAACGUGCCCCCUGACCUAGAUCAGAUUAUUAUUUUUUUGUCUUCAGAAAGCAGCUAUUACUCAAUUCAGUAAUUAACGCUCGUCUCAGUUUUGCCGUUCUGCUGUAAGCGAUCUUGCUGCUUGAAAUGAUUAGCGAAUAAACUGCUCGUUUGCGUGGCACCCUGUGCACAAAGGGACCGUCACUCGGGAUGUAUCCUGAGCACUGCGCCAGUUAGCACCCUGCUUCUUACCCUUACAAUGCUGGCUUGAUUAUUUAAAAAAUACUAUCAUUAUACAGGUAGCCUAAUUAGAAAAUGGCUUGCCUGCAGCUUGCAUGUUUCCAGCACAGAGGAGGUUAAAUAUUUUCCUGUAUGUAAAAAAGCAGGUUAUUGUUAUUGCUUGUCAGGAGGAAGUGGUGAUUAUUUCAAUUUAACCCUGCACCUUUAACUAAUGCUGUUAUUUCUUGGUUUUUGAAUUAAAGUGUGCUCCUGUUGAGGCUGAUGGUAAAAGUCCUUGAGGCAGCCACAAAAGCAUGUAAGAGAACCACACAUCCUCUUUCACCUGAUCUUCAGGCAGUUUUCAAAUCUGAAAUCCUUGGGAAAGCAUUUUGAAGUUCUUCUCAACAUAUUCUUUCUGAGAAGUGUACUGCCAAAAUGAAUUUUACAGAGGCUCGUUCCACGGAUUAUCCGUAUUAUUCAGACUAUGUUUUUCUAAUCACGCAACCUUGUUCUAAGUUGGAAGUCAGGAACUUCACAAAAGCAUUUCUGCCAGUUGCGUAUUCGUUGAUUUGUAUCAUUGGCCUAGUUGGUAACGUCUUUGUAGUGAUGACCUUUGCUUUGUAUGAAAGAACCAAGUCCAUGACAGAUGUGUACCUCUUCAACAUGGCCAUAGCAGACAUACUGUUUGUCCUCACUCUCCCACUGUGGGCGGUGAAUUACGCUGCCGAUGAAUGGAUUUUCGGUGAUUUCAUUUGCAAAAUGACCAGAGGUAUCUAUGCGAUCAACUUCAGCUGUGGCAUGCUGCUUUUGGCCUUUAUCAGCGUGGACCGGUACAUCGCUAUCGUACAGGCAACGAAGUCAUUUACGUUCAGGGCAAGAACGCUCGCAUACAGUAAAGUAAUUUCUUUGGCCGUGUGGGUAUCAUCAAUUUUAAUCUCUAGUUCCUCUUUUCUAUACAAUGAAAGUUACAGCUUCUCCACCAAUGAAACCAAAGAGAUUUGUGAUUACAGAUUUGACAGGAUGUCUAAAAGCACAAUGCUGAAAUCACUGCUGCUGUGUCUACAAGUCGGCUUUGGAUUUUUUAUACCUUUCAUAUUCAUGAUUUUUUGCUAUACGUUCAUUGUCAAAUCCUUACAACAAGCUCAGAAUUCCAAAAGAAACAAAGCAAUCCGUGUGAUCAUACUAAUUGUAGCUGUUUUCCUAGCUUGCCAGGUACCUUAUAACAUCGUUCUUCUCGUGACAGCCAUAAAUAUGGGCAAGUUAGACAAAUCUUGUGACAAUGACAAGAUAAUGGCCUAUGUGAAAUACACCACUGAAGCCUUAGCGUUUUUACACUGUUGUGUGAACCCUGUGCUUUAUGCAUUUAUUGGCGUGAAGUUCAGAAGUUAUUUUGUGAAGAUAAUGAAGGACCUAUGGUGCAUGAGAUACAAGAAAUACAAUAAACGUAGUUCAAGGACAAACUCUGAUACUUAUCAUUCAAGACAGACUAGUGAAAUUCUGACUGACAACGCAUCUUCUUUUACUAUGUAAUGCACUUGGAACAACGUUAUUAGUGAAGGACUCUUCUCACCGAGCAACCCAAACCAGUGUCACCGUGCCUGUGACAGAAAGUCAUUUGGGCUUCUCUGCACCUCUAAGGGAGGUCCCGCGAUCCACAACUUGCUUCAGGGAAAGAAUUAAAACAAAAGAAUAACACUGUCCUGUGGAAAACUGAAAUCUUAUUCACCGCCCUUAAUAUUCACACUCUGCUAAAGUGCACUGCUUAGAAUUAUCAGGAAAAUGGCGUUUACAGAGGAACUCUCCUUGUUUUCUAAGGAAAAAUUGCAUCUCAUCUGUCCUAUACCACUGAAAUACCCCAAAAGUACUGGGUAAAUUAAUCAGGUUAUGCCCAGGCUCAUUCUGUUUACAUUUGUGUUGUUUCUGUUAGUUACUUCUACCUGGAAAUCCUACUUCAGUGUAGGUCUCCACUGUGCUUUUGUUGCAGAAGGGUAACUAAUAAUACUAACCUAAAGAGAUAGCGCUUUGAGCAAAGCACGGCAAGGAAAGCAGGGAAAUGAAGAAACAGGCUCAAGGCUGCUGGCAGAGCUGGGCUUAGGUGUCAGGUCUCGUAAAUCUUUUUGCCCAGUUCUCUGUUCCACCUGCUCAUCGGGACUUACUUACACCAAAGCUGAGGCAGCUCAAAGCCAACAGUGACAUGUCUACUAAAUAUUAGAAAUUUAGAAAUUAGAAAUUAGAAUAUUAGAAAAAAGAAAAUUAUUCAUUAAAGAGAACACUGAAAUAUCCACAGAAAGCUUUUCUGAUAUCUCCUGAGAUUACCUUUUGAAUAGAGACCCGGAGCUUUGCUUGAGAGGAUUUUCUCUUCAUUUGGCACAGGAUUCGAGUGCUGGGCUCCAUCAAAGCUGAACGCCUGGUGAGCGUCUCUUUGUGAAAAGCUGGUUCUUUCUAACUCCACUUUUUAGAAGGCAACGAAUUGUACAGAACUGCAGUUAUUCCAACGCUUUUCAUUGGAACUUGUUCGGUGACAAAAUGUGCUGCAUUUCUUGGUGUUUAGCUACCAUUAGCAACGUUUCCUUAGGAAUGGAUUUACUAGCACAAAUACGCAUAUAUGAAAUUUCCUCUAUUAGCUUCAGAAAUUAUUAAGGACUAUAUCUAAAAAUAAGACCAGAAUCUGACUUAAUCCAGCCAGAAUUUUUACUGAGCUACUCAUCCUUUGACUCACCAUGAAUAUAGGAAUAUUUAUAACAGAUGCAAUGAGUUUCAGGCAGCCAUGACUUUUCAGCAAACCCUCAAUGGAUCUUCUGUUCAUGGAGCGAGCUUUACCACACUGGCAGACAUGGAACGGCAAGGUAGACCGGAGCAGGAGCUGGAGGGCAGAGGGGCAGGAUGGCGAAGAGGAGUACCACUGCUACCUGGUUCAGCCUACUGAAGCACCUACCAGUCCUCUGCAUGUCUGCUGCAAUGUGAGCAGAAGCCCUGGCAGUGUCUGGACUUGCUGUUGUGUGGGAUUUUACACUCCUACAGCUGCAUAAAUUAAUGUAAUUUGGAGCGCGCUGUUUGCCUUGGCUGCUUGGUUUUUUUUUUUUUGAAGUUCACGGCUGAAGAGGCAGCGGAGCUUGAAUCACCAACCACAUCUUUCAGUGGAAAUGCAAAGGGCCGAGAAGGGCAGUGCUGGAGCUGAAGAUCCCUUGAGCAAGGGUGUUGAUAUGGCAUCACAUGAAAAUAGGACUGCCUUGGCUGGUGCAAUCCAUCCUUGUUUACAGUGCACUGUGAGGUUUUCAGCUAUUGGCGCCAGGCGUGAUAAAGAUUGCAUAUAUUUAUCACAGCUGAAUAAGAACUUAGGCAAGAAUGACACAAAAUUAUGUGAAUGCAGAUGCAUGCGUUUGCUGUAUAUAGCACUGAUUAUUUUGUGGAAGAGAAUUCAGCAAAUAAAAAACAUAACUCAAAAGGA